GCGGAAGUGUCAGGUACGUUUUUUGGACGCGGAAGCGAAAGACGUUUACCGAUUGUAAAAGUGUCUUAAAUUGAGGGGGGGGGGAAUAAAAAAUAGCAAGAAUAUCGGGACAAAGGACACACUGGGUGAUUAAGUUUCUUCGGAAGACACAACCACAAUGGCCGGUGGUAAUUUGAAUAAAGCCAUCGAUCUCGCCAAAAGAGCAGCCGACGAGGACUCAGCCAAAAACUAUGAAGAGGCACUCCGGUUAUAUCAGAGUGCCGUGCAGUACUUUCUUCACGUCAUCAAGUAUGAGACCAAAGGCGAGCGCUCCAACACGAUGAUCCGAGGCAAGUGCGCCGACUACCUGGACCGAGCCGAGCAGCUGAAGGAGUACCUGAAGAAGAAGGAGCACGAGCCACCCGCCAAACCCGUCAAGGAGUCGAAUGGCAAAGGCAGUGAAAGUGACGAAGGGGAAGAGUCAGAGAAGAAGAAGUUCCAAAAUCAGUUGUCAGGCGCCAUCGUGAUGGAGAAGCCAAACAUUAAGUGGAGCGACGUCGCCGGCUUGGAAGGAGCCAAAGAAGCCCUAAAGGAGGCUGUCAUCUUGCCUAUCAAGUUCCCUCAUCUCUUCACUGGAAAGAGAACGCCAUGGCGUGGGAUUCUCCUGUUUGGCCCGCCGGGAACCGGAAAGUCCUACCUGGCCAAGGCGGUCGCCACGGAGGCCGGCAACUCCACCUUCUUCUCAAUCUCCUCCUCGGACCUGGUAUCCAAGUGGCUGGGCGAGAGUGAAAAGUUGGUGAAGAACCUAUUCUCGCUGGCCAGAGAACACAAACCCUCCAUCAUCUUCAUCGACGAGAUCGACUCGCUCUGUGGCUCCCGCAGCGAGAACGAGAGCGAAGCGGCGCGCAGGAUCAAGACCGAGUUCCUGGUCCAGAUGCAGGGUGUCGGGAAUGAUAAUGAGGGAAUCCUUGUCCUGGGAGCAACAAAUAUACCGUGGACUUUGGACUCAGCCAUCAGGAGAAGGUUUGAAAAGCGCAUCUACAUCCCCCUGCCGGAACAGCCGGCCCGCUCCUUCAUGUUCAAGCUGCACUUGGGCUCCACGGCCAACGAGCUGACGGAGGCCGACUUCGUCACGCUGGGGAAAAAGACGGAGGGCUACUCGGGGGCCGACAUCAGCAUCAUCGUCAGGGACGCCCUCAUGCAGCCCGUCAGGAAGGUGCAGUCGGCCACCCACUUCAAAAAGGUUCGCGGCUCGUCAUGGAACAAGCCAGACGUCGUCUUGGACGACUUGCUCACGCCGUGCUCUCCGGGCGACCCCGGCGCUCUGGCCAUAACGUGGAUGGACGUCCCCGGGGAAAAGCUUCUCGAGCCCGUUGUCUCCAUGGCCGACAUGCUGCGGUCGCUGUCCAACACCAAGCCCACCGUCAACGAGGACGACCUGCACAAGCUGACCAAGUUUACCGAGGAUUUUGGUCAAGAGGGGUGAUAGCUCAUCAAUGGCAACCAAUCGACAGGUCAAACACACGUUAUAUGAAGAUCUUAUUAGACUGCAAUCACUGAUCAUAUGUUUACAUUGAUGCUCUUUAUCGCUCAUAUUUAUUUCCCAUCUUGUUUUUAUUGUGGCGUUCAGUUUUCCAUUUUUCCAAGAACCCAGAAUAUGAUACCUUGAUUAUUAAAAAAUUUUAAUUGCU